AUGAUAAAUACCGGGUAAGCCUCAAAACCUAUUUUGUAAAAGUGUAAUUUAGUAAAUUUGCAGGAAAAACGGUGAUUAUAUCGGGUGGAUCGAGAGGAAUCGGCAAAGCAAUCGCAUUGAAAUUGGCAUCAGAUGGAGCUAAUGUCGCUAUCCUAGCAAAAACUACCACUCCACAUCCAAAACUACCCGGUACUAUCUACACAGCUGUUGAGGAGAUUGAGCAAGUAUGGGUUUUUCUUUUUUAUUCAAGUGAGGAGUGAGAGCGUGGCAAUUUUUUAGUGGGUAAUAUUUGUUUUUAAAUCGGAAAUUUCAAAAAAGAUUUAAAAUGGACCGUUUCACGAAGUUUUCAUAAAAAUUCAAAAUAUUUUAGGCAGGAGGCAAAGGCUUACCUUGUGUUUGUGACAUCAGAAGCGAAGAAAGUGUUCAUAAAGCUGUGGAAGACACCGUGAAGAAGUUUGGUGGUAUCGACAUCUGUAUCAACAACGCUAGUGCUAUCUCUUUGACUGGAACGUUGGCCACUCCAAUGAAGAGAUACGAUCUGAUGAAUCAAGUCAAUGCCAGAGGAACUUAUUUAUUGUAGGUUUUUGGGGUGUUUGGUUUAAAAAUAGCUUGAAAACAUGAAAAAUUCUGUUUUUGGAAGAAUUUUGGGACAACGCUGGAGGGAAUGAUAGAAAUUCAACGUUUGUGAUAUUGAUAACAUACUAUAUGAUCAUUGCGAUAUAGUAAAUGACUUUGACGACCUAGCAGUUUACAUAAAUGACAUUGACUACAUAGUAUAUGAUGAAGAGGGCAUGUUACAUGAGAUUGAUCACCGACCAGUUAACGUUACUAUUAUUUCUUCCAUAGUAUAUAGUAUUUGAAAUCAUGACAAGCAUAAAAUAAUGUUUGAGCUGUUCAUUAUAAUGGAGGAAAUUUUCAGAUCUCGUGAAUGUAUUCCAUAUCUAAAACAAGCCAAAAACCCUCACAUUAUGAUGAUGAGCCCGCCUCUUCUUAUGGACAAGGUCUGGUUCAGCAAUCAUGUUGGUAAGACCGUUGUUAUAAAUCUUUGUAUUGGUUUUAGUUUACAUUUUAGGCUACUAUUUUUUUUAAUUUAUUUAAAUAAUAAGAUUCUAAUUUUUAAAAUUUUAAAGCCUACACCAUUGCCAAGUACGGAAUGUCCAUGUGUGUCUUGGGAAUGCACGAAGAACUCCGCCCAGAUGGAAUUGCGGUCAACGCUCUAUGGCCGCAGACUGCUAUCUGGACUUCGGCGAUGCAAAUGUUGUCAGGCGGUGACAAUUCGGCCGGAUCAAGAAAGGUGGAUAUUGUCACGGACGCGGCCUAUGCCUUAUUGUCGAGAAAUUCAAGAGAAUUUACUGGAAACUUUGUCAUCGAUGAGCAGAUCCUGAAGGAAGAAGGAGUGACGAACUUUGACAAAUACGCUUGUGUUCCGGGUAGGUAGUUUUUUGGUUUGGGGAUUAAUUAAAGUUUCUUGCUGUAUUUUUGUUUCAAAAAUUUUUGAACUUCGGAUUUGUUUUUGUUAAAAAUUCUUUUAAAUAUCUCAAAAGACUUGAAAGUUUAAAAAGUGACAAAUUUUGACGUAAUUUUCAAUAAUACUGCUAUAUUGUUGUAGGUGCUCCCCUAACCCCGGACUUUUUCAUCCCUGGAGGUGAAGAUGACUAUGAUAAGGUGAAUCAACAGAAGAAAAAGAAGCCAGUCAGCUCAAAGAACCUACAGCAAGGAAUAUCCAAACUUCAAUUAUUGGCUAACGCCAACAAUGUCAGGGAAACUGGAUGUAUCUUCGAAUUUCACAUCAAGAGUAAGGAAAAGUUAUGUUUUAGGUACUAAAGGUUACUGCUUUUACUUUUUUAUAAAAAUAUGAAUCAGAAUGUCUUUUUUUAUUUUUAAAGUUAGUUUUUUGAUGGAAUUAUUUUUAAAAAUUUUAAAUUUCAGGCGGAUUCGACCGCAAAAUCAUCCACCUCGACCUGAAAAACGGAUCCGGCUCCGUCGGAGAAGGUCCAUCACAAGAAAAGGCCGAUAUCGUUUUCGAAGCCGAUGGACACGAUCUGCUGGACAUUUUGGACGGCAAAUUCAGCCCAUCUCAAGCCUACAUGGCCAAAAAGUUGACUAUCCGCGGCGACGUGACCGUCGCCCUGAAGUUGGAAGCCCUCCUGAGAAAUCUCAAAUAA